AUGAACGUGACACCGAACGCGACUGCUGCCGCUUUCUUCCCACCGGCCUUUGGUUUGAAGACCUCUUUUGGAUUCAUGCACUCUGCAGAGGCACCUGCGAUUAAUCUACACAUGAAGGAAUCCUUGUUACCGGAGAUGAGCGAUGGAGUGUUGGCGUUGAUCGCUCCCGUUGUUGCCUACUGGGCGUUGUCCAGUAUAUUUCACUGCAUAGACACCUUCCAUUUGGCCGAAAGAUAUAGGAUCCAUCCCAGCGAAGAGGUUGCCAAGAGGAACAAGGCCUCCAGGUUCCACGUCUUCGCCGAAGUGAUCCUGCAACACAUCAUACAGACCAUUGUAGGAUACAUCUUUUUGCACUUCGAGCCCACCCACAUGACUGGGUUCGAAGAGAACGCUAUGUGGAAACUGCGUUCCAGCAUACCCCAAAUCGUUCCGGAUGUCGCCCUCUACUACGGCUACAUGUACGGAAUAUCUGCUUUGAAGAUUUUUGCUGGCUUUUUGUUCGUCGACACAUGGCAGUAUUUCUUGCAUAGAUUGAUGCACAUGAACAAGACUUUGUACAAGUGGUUCCACUCUGUCCAUCAUGAACUAUACGUUCCAUACGCAUACGGCGCUCUUUUUAACAACCCCGUCGAAGGUUUUCUGCUGGACACUUUAGGAACAGGUAUCGCCAUGAUGUUGACCCAUCUGACUCAUAGAGAACAAAUGUUCCUUUACACUUUUGCCACCAUGAAAACCGUCGAUGAUCACUGUGGGUACGCUCUGCCACUCGAUCCAUUCCAAUGGCUUUUCCCCAAUAACGCUGUCUAUCACGAUAUUCAUCAUCAGCAGUUCGGUAUCAAGACCAAUUUUGCUCAACCGUUCUUCACUUUCUGGGACAACUUGUUCGAGACCAACUUCAAGGGAUUCGAGGAGUACCAAAAGAAACAAAGGCGUGUCACCAUCGACAAGUACAAAGAGUUUUUGCAUAAGAGAGAACUAGAAAAGAAGGAAAAAAUCAAGAACUUCAAAGCUAUGAACGCUGCUAGUAAUGACGUCAAGAAGGAAAACUAG